AUGUUAGCAUCCGCAUUACCAUUCGAGAUCAUUAGUAACAUCGCGCUUCGACUCUCUCUAAAAGACAAAAAAACAUGCACCACAGUCUGUAGGGCGUGGAAAGAGCCUUUUCAAAGAUACCUAUGGGAUACAAUCGAACUCGACCAGAAAAGCCAAUUAGUUGAUGAAGCGUCACAGUAUUCGAUAUCCCUCAUAUAUAGAACAAAUGGAUACCGAGUCCGCAAAUUAACUUUGGACACCUGCUGGUUCCCAACCCCAGAAGAAUGUACUACCUAUGCAAGAUACUUUGGAAACGUUGAACACCUCAACCUCCAGCUCAUACAUUUUGCCAUCCAGCCAGCCAAAACAUUAAAACUUGAUGUCUGGAAUUCACUACGGCAUCUACAAAUCACCACAAAGACUUACUACAAUCAUUUUAGAGUCAAGGAUUUCUUGAACAAUAUACCCCCCAUUCAUCAUCUCACACAACUAUCCAUUGACCCACACAUGGGCUCCAAUUCUGUGAUAAACAGCGAAGAAGAACUCGAUGUCAUCCAUGCCCUGUUUCCACGACUAGAAUACCUGAGUGCUGGCUUAACCCUCGCACCACCCAAAGAAAAGGACGCCAAGAGAACCAGCCCAGCAUUGCCAGCAAGCAAUAUGUUGCAAGCUAGAUUCAACAAAGGGGUCGUGUCCAUAGAUUGUUUAGAUUAUUUUUCCAAAAAAUAUCCAAACAUUCACACACUCAAAUUCAACAUUGUAUCCAAAGUAUCCAAAGUAAAAGAAGUCAGCAGUAAGCUUGCCCAAGGUCUGCUUGAUCUUCCUUUUCUAUUUCCCCGCCUAAAAAAGCUAUAUAUAAGUGAAAUAUUGGAUUUUGACUGCAACUACAUACCCAUAUGCCCGCUGCUGGCCCAGUUCGGUGUCGGUCUCAAGAACAUACACUACAGUUUGGUGACACACAACAAACUUCACACAGAGUAUCCGGUGGACGCCAUUAAUCUGGUCUGCUGUAACCUACCGACAAUCGAGACAUUGUCACUUGAUCUGAGUCAGGCCAAGUCAAAUAUGUACACUAUUGUAGCAAAGCUUGGGGUUUAUCCGCGCCUCGUCAGCCUGGAUCUCAGUGUACCUCAGACCAGUGUUGCCCUGGACGUACUUUUGGAUUAUUGCUUUAACCUAAAGACAAUCAAAUUGAAGAGCCAAACCUUAUUUACCAAAUCAGACCUUAUUGGAAACCUACCACGACAUGGAUUGGAGAAUCUAGAAUUGUCAGGAUCAAUUAUUGAUAUGUCGGUAUUCACGCAUGUGUCGUUCAGAUGCCUAAAUCUGAAACAACUGGUCGUAAAAGAUGUGAGUAUCCAGGGAUUGCUGUCCAAGACUGGAAACCUCUGCAUCGACAUGCCUCAUACCCACUUGAGAUUAUUGGACUUUAGACGUGUACGGUUCUACGGAUCGACUGACUACUCUUGUGAUAAAAGCACCAUGAUAAACAUUAUUGUUCUUGAACGAGACUACCACCACAGCAGCAUAAACAACAUCCCACCGUCCCAAAAUCACAUUCAGGAUCAAGAUCAAGAUCAAGAUCAGGAUCAGGAGCAGGAGCGGAAGCAGGACCAUGAAACCAUCAGUCUAAACUUGUUAUUGUCGAACCGAAAUCCUCAAGGACCAAAGAACACUUGGAUCCACCAGUACUCUGAAGGAAGGUUUUAUAGAUAUAGAUAUCGGUCUAGCGAAAUACCUGUAAGAAUACUUUUGGAUCCUGAAGUGACGUACGCCCAAUCUUACUUUAGGAAAUUUGAGGACAACGCAAAGAGCUACACCAAGCGCGCAGAUAUUACACGAUAUGAGGACGGACUGAUAGCAAAGCGGUUCUGGAAAAGUGACCUCCACAGGGGUCGAUCUACUUUAAGAUGUGGCUCUAUAGAACAGUGUUCUAUUAACGGAACACGUCCUUUUGAUAAUAUAAAAGAAUAA